AUGUUGGUUCCAUUUUACCGAAAGUUGGGCUUCACCGACAGGGAGUGCUUGGCUGCAAGCCUGCUUUUUGCAUGUCAUCCUGUCCACGUGGAAGCCGUGGCAAGUCUCGUCGGACGUGCUGAACUUCUUGCCGCCUUUUGCUCCGUUUUGAGCAUUCUGUUGUGGUCAUCGUCCAACAAGCUAUGGCCGCUUUCGAUGCUGUCAGGUUCAUUGGCUCUCCUUUGCAAGGAGACGGCUGCGGUCGUGGCUUUGCCGAUGUGUGCCGUCAUUCAGACUCUGGCAUGCCUGGGUAAGCGAUCCAAGAGAUGGAACCUCCUGAAGGCGGUGCUGCCCUUGGUGCUCUUGGCUGUGCUACUGGUGGCACGGGUUUCGUUGCACGGUGGCUUUCAGUCCCGUCCCUUUCUGCAUCCUGAGUCGAACCCUGCUGCUUUCGCGGAGAGCAGGAUGACGCAGAUCCUCAGCUUGCACUUCUACCUCUACAGGCAUUUGAUGCUGCUGCUGUGGCCUUAUCCACUUUGCUGUGACUGGAGCUAUGGGUCUAUUCCCCUCCUGGACAGUUUUUCAGAUCUUCGAAGUUUCGUACCGUUUGGCGUCAUCUACGGCCUUCCCAUAGCCCUAUUGCGGCUUGCCAGUACCCGAGAGAGUUUGGAUGCCCCAUCUCGGUCCUACCACCGAGGGCUCAUGUUGUCCAGUGUUCUGCUGGCUGUUUCGAUUUUGCCGUUUUCGAACAUUCUCUUCACUGUGGGAUUUACUGUCGCCGAGCGGGUGCUGUACAUACCAUCCAUAGCAGCAUGUGCCAUCAUGGGCCGAUUAUUUUGCGUAUGUCUCCCAGCAGCUUGGCCAGUGAAGAGCAGCCUCGGCAGGUAUGUCAACACUCUUCUUUUCUUUGCAUGGUGUGGAAAUUGGACACUUAACUGCUUGAAUCAAAGUCUGGUGUGGCGGUCAGCAGAGUCGCUUUACCGUGCUGGCAUUGAUGCAAAUCCACGCAACGAGAAGCUGCAUGAUCUCUUGGCUACCAGGCUUCAAAACAGCGGUGGGAACCUUGAGGAGGCUUUGUGGCAUACUGAGCAGGCCAUCCAUCUCAAUCCGGAGUACUGGCAUGCCCAUGCCACAUUAGGCCAGCUCAGAUCGAGCGCGGGCGACAAGUCAGCUGCCAUUGCCAGCUACCAGAGGGCAUUGAUGUUGGCUGACAGACAGCAGCUAGAUGAUGUAUCAGAUGCACCAAAAGUUCGGCUUAACCUGGCAGUUCAACUCCAAGAUGUAGAUCGGAAUGCUGCUGACUGGCACUUUCGCCGCCUUUGCUCUCUACCAGGCUCAGACCCACUGAGGGCCAUGGGCCUUGUUGUUUUUGGUGCGUUUCUGGAAUCCGGAGCCCGUGGCAAACGUGAGCCUCUUGAAGAAGCUGCGCACAUGUACGAGGAGGCUCUCAAGUCUGUCGCCUUCGAGCAGAAGAGUGCCACCCACUUGCGCCUGGGCUCCGUCCUCCGCAGGCUCUCCAGGCUUUCUAAUCUUUCUACUUCUGGCCUCGACAGACUUGAGGAAGACUCUAGCCGGCGUCGCUGUGCCUCCAAGAGCCCGCCUCCUGAACAGCCUCGCGGUCUGGGUAGAUGGUGGCGGGUAUGGAAGUGUGUGAAAGAGUCGACGAAGACAGAGGACCAUUGCGAGAAGGAGAUCGACCUCGUUGUGCUGGAGCCCAAUUCUUCAAGCUGCCCGCGCUUGGGCGCAAUAGCCACGAUGGCGAAGGUCUGGCAGCGCCUUCAGGCAUGUCUAGCGAAGGUGGGAGCUCUGCAAGAUGCUGCCUCCACACGAAGCCCCUGGCCACUGCCACAUUCGGAGUCUAUGGCCAUACGGCAAAUGCAGCGAGGCCUUGAACUUGCACCUGCUUCGAUGGCACAGUCACUGGAUCCUGGCGCGCGAAAGCGGAGGGAAGCCCUUGCUGUGGUUAGUGCCCGUUUGGUGAGCGAGGGGCGCAUGUCUGAAGCCUCUCGGCUGCUGUCGCCCCACGACCCCACGGCUGCGCUCACAGUGAUGGCAGACGAGCAGUUGAAGGGUGGCGACCCAUCCGUGGCCCUGGACGCGUAUAAGGCAUCCAAGUCGCAAAACCUAUUUGGGGAUGGCAGAAUCGCUGCAGAAGCUGGGCGGCUGCAGCUCAUCACCGACAAUUGGCAAAUCAGUUGCCAGAGAACAAGCGGGGAAAACUCGCCAAAUGAGCUGAGCGAUUCCUGUUACAUCCUGUUAGCACUGUUGCACUUCCAGACGUCAUGGCUGGAGGAAGAGGUCUUUACACCAACCGUCCCAGCACUCCUUCGCAGGCUCAAGUAUUGGCAUGUAGUGGCCACAGUUGGCCGUCAUUUAGACACGGUGGUUCCCCUGCUUGGAUGCCCUUUGCGGGUCCUCGGGUUGAACGUCAGUGUGCAGGUGAUAACUUACAACCGCCCUGCCCUUCUGCUAGAAGCACUUUGCCAGAUCGAAGCUCAAGACUAUCCCGGAGAGCUCGAGGUGUUAAUCCUCGAUGACAGCAGUACGAGCAGUGAGACAGACAUCAGGCGUUUUGCAGAAAGUUCGCGACAUGACAUCCAGUACCGCUUCUUAUCCCAGCGUCUCAGCAUUGGCGAGAAGAGGAACCUGGCAGCUUCAUCGACCAGCGCAGACUUCAUCUGCACUUGGGAUGACGACGACAUUUACACACUGGACCGUGUGCGGCUGCAAGCAGAGUUUUUGAGCCGCAACCCGCGCUGCAACUGUGCCACGAUCGAGAGGCGUUUCUUCUAUUGGCUGGAGGAAGGCACGCUGAGAGGAUGUCGAGACAUGCAGUUUUUGCCUCUGGAGAACACGCUUUGCUUUCGCCGACGAUGGUUUGAGGCAGGGCGACGCUUCGAUAACGGAAGCUUGAAUGAGGGUCUCGGACUUCUUCGUGGCGCUAGAGGCGUGAAGCAUCCAGGAAGGCUUGGUAUAUUGCCGAUGUCUGCGGAAGAGUUGCCUUUCCUGUACGUGAAACACAGCGGUUCAAUGACUGGUGGUGAAGAUGUCCAUGCAGAAGCAGGAGCUUCACCAGGCGCAGAGCCCUCGCUGCUGCCCCUGGUGCGUGCUUUCUGUCUGCAACGAUUUCCGCAGUUGCCUUCUUGCCGGUAUCACUCGCGCAUCCUUGGAGAUGUGGGUGACCUCUUGAGAGAGCUGGUGGCCAGGGAUCUGAAGAACAUGCGAGAAGAAGAAGAUGCCAUGCAGGCUGCCAGCUAUCUGGAGGCUUUGACGGGGCAGAGGUCAGAAUGUACGUCCCUUCAAGGACUGAUCGAUGGCAUUGAGGACUUUCAGGCAGCUCUUGUGACAGGGCAAUGUCCUCAGCAGCCUGCAGAGGAAAAGGAAAAUGCGUGA